UUCUCUCUCUUUCCUUCUUCAAUCUACGCUUCUUCUUCAUCUUUUUAUUUUUUUUGUUCUUGUUGUUGUUUAUUCCAGAAUUCUGAAAAGAACAGUUUCUUGUAGAUGUUGUUUGUCUUCAUGUUCUUGUUCUUCGUUUUCUGAGCUCUCCAACAUCAGAAUUCUCCACAUGCAGCUUUAAGAAUUGAGAAGAAGAAGGAGAAGAAAUGGAAUCUCUAAUCGAAGAAGAAGAAGAAUCUCGAUUUUUCGAUGCUCACGAAGAAAUCACAUCCUGUUCUAGUGUCGACUACGAUGAAUCUACACCUUUGGUUUCUGGGGAGUUUCAGUACGAUGUUUGGAUCAAAAGCCCAGGUAACGCUGAGGAGCGUCGUGAGAAGUUUUUGAAUUGGAUGGGUUUGGGGUUGAGUACUAGCACUACUACUACUGUGAGCCAACCUGCGAAAUCAGGUAAUGUGGAUCGUUUCUCGAGCUUUGUUAACGAAUCAGCGGUUUUAAGGAGUUUGAAAUCUGAUGAUGAUGAGUUUAGCUCUUGUCGUUUUGAUUCUUCUGUGUUUAGUUCGAGUGAGAAUGUAGAUAGAGUUGUGAAUGAGGGUUUGUGUAAAGAGGAUGGAGUAGUAGAUAGUGGAAUGGUUUUAAGGAAUUUGGGUGUUGGCGUUGCUGAUGGUGAUGGUGAUGAUGAUGAUGUUAUUAGCUCUAGUCUUUGUUCUGGAUCACCAACGCCUUUAAUGGAUAGGAUUGUGAAGGUAAAAGGUCGAGUGGUUAAAUCUAAGUUGUUACCAGAUGUGAUGGUUUCGUCUGAGGUUGCUCCGGAGCAGCGGGAUGUAGGUGGGAUUAUGAAGAGGGUUAAGGAGAAAUGGUUGGGUCGGUUGUAUAAAGUGCGGAAUAAGCAAAGAGCAAGAGAUGAUCAUGGUGGUGAAGUUGCGGUUUACGGGAGUAGGAUUGAGAGGGUUAAGGUGAAAGAGUAUAAGAAAGAGGCUAAGGAGCUUUCUGCUCUUUUUAAAGGUCAAGAAAUCCAGGCUCAUGAAGGAGCGAUUCUCGCUAUGAAAUUUAGUCCUGAUGGGAGGUACCUUGCAAGUGCUGGUGAAGACGGGGUUGUGAGAGUUUGGAGUGUUGUUGAAGAUGAAAGAUGUGAAGAACAGGAUGUUCCCAAGAUUGAUCCUUCUUGUAUAUACUUUGAAGUGAGCAAACUCUCUGAGUUGAGACCUGUGGCCAUAGAAAAGGAGGGCAUUACUACUGGUUCAUUGAUGAGUCCAAGGAAGACAACAGAGUCAGCUUGUGUUAUUAUUCCCCCUAGGAUUUUUCGGGUUCUUGAUAAACCUGUUCACGAGUUUUUCGGCCACAGUGGUGAUAUCCUUGAUAUCUCAUGGUCCAAGAACAAUCGUCUGUUGUCAGCUUCAGUAGAUAAUAGUGUGCGGCUUUGGCAGAUUGGUCGUGAGGACUGUCUUGGAAUCUUUUCUCACAGUAACUAUGUUACAUCUGUUCAGUUCAACCCGGUUGAUGAUGAUCACUUCAUCAGCGGUUCAAUAGAUGGAAAAGUUCGUAUCUGGUCAGCUUCUGAGUGCCAUGUUGUAGAUUGGGCGGACACUAGAGGCAUUGUAACCGCAGUUUGUUAUCGCCCAGACGGACAGGGAAUCAUUGUCGGAACUUUGACUAGCGAUUGUCGGUUUUACAAUGUAUCGGGCCACUGCCUUCAGCUUGAUGGUCAUAUAUGUCUGCAUAACAAAAAGAAAUCUUCAAAUAAACGAAUAAUCGGCUUCCAGUUUGAUUCAACUGACCCGAGCAGAGUCAUGGUGGCGUCCGCAGAUUCACAAGUCAGGAUCAUUAGCGGGCGCAACGUUGUCCAUAAAUACAAAGGAUCUCGAAAUACCGGAAACCAGAUAUCGGCAUCUUUUACAGCAGACGGAAAGCAUAUCAUAUCAGCAUGUGACGACUCAUCAGUCUACGUCUGGAACUGCGUCGGAAAUGAUCCCGAACAGCCGUCUACUGGUUUUUUCUCCUAUACAAAACGACUUAAGAUCCGAUCUUUUGAGAAAUUCUCUGCAGAUGUCUCGGUCGCAAUCCCGUGGUGCGGAUUUGCCCCUGUAAUAUCAGGCGGAUCCGAGCUAUCGCCAUCGCUCUUCUCAUUAGGGAGAGAGUAUGUCCUCGAUUCUCCCAAAGGAUCUGCAACUUGGCCGGAGGAGAAGCUAGCAAGCUCGUUUUCUCCGGUCAAGGCAAUCCGUAGAUCGCAUUACAAAUUCCUAAGAUCAUCGUGCCGAAGAACCUCGGAGUCAUCUCAUCUCUGGGGAUUAGUUAUAGUCACAGGCGGGUGGGAUGGACGAAUCAGAUUGUUUCACAACUACGGUUUACCUGUUCCCGUUUGAAAUCCCAACGGCUACGAGAAACUCUCAUUCUCAAACAUCGCCGUUUCGUCGUCGUUAGAAGCCAUUUGUUUUUGGAGUUUUGUAUGGGCCUCCUAAGUUUGGGCCUAUAACACGUUGGUCCGCUUUUUGACCCGGUGUUUUGUAGCUGAGUCUCAACCUGAAGGUUCGGAAUUUGCUUCAGGCGUAGGGAAACGAACCAAAAAAAAAGGGUUUAAUCAGAUUUUUUUUUUUGCCUUUUUUAAAUCGUAAAAAUUAUUAGUAGUAUUAUAUAAUCAUACUUGUUUUUGUCUUUCGUGUAAGUAAUAAUAUAUAGGGAAAUGUAACUGAGGCCCGGGCUUUUUUUCGUGUAAAUACCAUGCCAUGGUCUUGCACCGACCAAGUAAGUA